GAGCUCCAGAGUACGACCCUCUCAGUACUCUCCAGCAAUCGUGAUUUACACCACACCCACACCACGCUGGAUACUGCAGCGAAGAUGCGAGAUGCAAUCACACUACACUAUCUGAACCAUGUCACGAAAAAGCGGCGACGGGUCCUCAAAAAUAAUGAGCGCCUCUCUCAUGCAAUCAAAGCUUCUGCUUCCCCACCUGAAGAUGUCCAAGAUCAAGGCUUCACCCGUCCCUCCAUACUCCUCCUUGUCCCAUUCCGCUCCUCCGCUUUCAAUUGGUUCGAUGCCCUCUCCGCCCAUACUCCUUCUCCAACACACCAAGUUGAGAAUCGUGCACGGUUCCUCAACGAAUUUGGUCUUCCUGAGGGAGCUGUGGAUAAGUUGGCCACCGCCGAACCUGGGACGUAUCCACGGGAUCACGUUGAGACGUUUAAGGGAAAUAUGGAUGACAACUUUAGGGUAGGGAUCAAAUUGACGAGGAAGAGCGUGAAGCUGUUUGCCGAUUUCUACGCGUGUGAUGUCAUCAUAGCCAGUCCGCUAGGCCUGAGGAUGUCUAUAGAAAAGGACAAUAAAGCAGACUUCUUGUCUUCCAUCGAGAUGCUCAUUGUGGAUCAAAUGGACACCCUGACAAUGCAAAAUUGGGAACAUGUGCAGUUCGUGUUCUCUCACCUGAACAAACUCCCGAAAGAGUCCCAUAACACCGAUUUCUCUCGUAUCAAGCCCUGGUACCUGGACGGACAUGCUGCAUAUCUUCGCCAAACCGUCCUUCUCUCGGCAUAUGAAACACCAGAGACCCGGAAUUUGUUCAACCAAACCUUGAAGAAUGUCGCCGGCAAGGUUCGAACGACAAGGCAAUGGGCCCCUGUCCAAGUUCCUCAAGAUCUCGAUCAAAACUUUGUACAAUUUGACUGUACGAGCCUGAAGGACGAGCCGGAGAAACGGUUCCAUUACUUUACAACACAGAUGUUGCCCGCUAUCAUGAAGUCUGCCGUUCAAAGCGCCAAUACCGCGAUCUUUGUCCCCUCCUCGUUCGACUUUAUCCGUGUGGAGAACCAGUUCCGCAAACAAGGAUACUCAUACACUGUUCUCUCUGAGUAUUCCUCCAAUCAGGACAUCUCUCGAGCACGACAAGCGUUCUUCACAGGAAAGAAAUCCUUCCUCCUCAUCAGCGAGCGCUUCCACUUCUACCGAAGAUACAAACUCCGAGGUAUCCGCAACCUUGUCUUCUAUGGUCCUCCCGACCACGCGCAGUUCUACACCGAACUCCUCUCCUACCCUUUCCUCGACGAGGACGUCCAGCCGGGUGACGUGACCUGCCGGACCCUAUUCUCAAAGUACGACUGGUUCAGACUUGAGAGGAUUGCGGGGACCAAGGGGGCGACGGCGUUGUUGAAGCAGAACGCGCUUUGA